CUUGCACCCACCCCAACUAUACUAUGCCCUGCAGCGAUAAUUGGCCCAAGGUUAUUGCAUGCGAUAUCCGAGCACCAUAGCGAUAACCUACUUUGAAUCGGUAUUGUCCAACCGCAACCGUUACAACUGCAUGGAGCAGCCCUGCAAGAAACUCCUCGCCCGCCGCGUCGAAUUGUGCUCCGAUCUACUUCCGGUGUGUCGAGCAGUGGUUCCCGGCCUCUCCAAGCUCUACGCCAUUGCACUCUUCGAGUAUCUGCUGGCGCUUGUGGAGCUCAUAGAACUACAGUUUGCCGAGAGCGAUCCGGACAAGAAGGAAUAUGUGGCUCAGUUGAAGAUUGGCAGUCAGGUGGCCAAGGAAGCCCUCGAUUUGCUUCGCUUUGAGCCGGAGAACUCAGCCGAGGGAUAUCUCUCCGACCGGAUCUCCAUGGAACUAGAGCGAAUUGAUUCAGAUUUAAUGAAGUAUGGCGGCCGGUAGUUCGCACCAGCGAAAAAUUAAAAAUAACUCGGAACAGCACAGCACUCGAGCAUACUGUCAGUAUGCCAAAGUUAGCCAAAGGGAACGGGAUAGAUAAUAGACCAUGGCUGCAGUCUCCGACGAUUUUGCCAAGAAAUGCGAGCUGAAGCAGAACGAGACGCUGGGCAGGUGGGAUAAGCAAGAAAGCCCUUUAAUUGCUCCCUAAUCUGCCGCCAAUCCUCAUGCCGAUCCUUUUAGAUUUGUGGUAGCCCAAUGCGAUCUCAGCGCUGGAGAAACUCUGCUUCUGGAGCAGCCUAUUGUGGUCCUGCCCCACAUUGGCGACAGACGCUGUUCCAAGUGCUUCAAGCUUACCGCCAACUUCUGCGGGGUGGGUCGAGAAUCUCGAUCCCCGAUUCCUCCACCGAUGCUGCACCAUGGCUUAUGUAAUUUUUUUAUUUUUAAGAAAGUGCCGACUCCUCUCCUUGUGUGAGGACUGCGCUGGCCACGAUGAGUGCGACUGCCAGCGACUGAGGGAACUGCAGCUGUCAGACGAGCAAGUGCAGGUACUGCAGGAGAAGGCCAACACAGAGGUGCAGCCGGCUCUUGCAUGUCUGCUGCUGGGGGAACACCAGCACAGCAGGCCCCUAUUCGAGGAAAUGUCACAGAUAGAGACCCAUGUGGAGGCUAGGCGAGGAACGGAAAUAUGGAAACGCUAUCAGGCAACUGGUGUGGUAAAGCAGCUGCAGAGCGCUUCCGGCAAUGCAGUGGAUGAAAUCCGGGUGCAGAGGCUCUAGGAGGAUUCUAGAUGUGAAUGUUUACGAGAUUCGCGCCCCGAAGCAAGGCGGCGCCAUGAGAGGAC